AUUAUAAUGAUAAGCUAGUAGCAUAAUAUAGUUCCCUUUUGUCCGUUUUUUUCUUAAGUACAAACAAUUAACGCGCAGUCGAUCCAUUGUCACUACUUUUUUUAAACUUUGAUAAUUUUUAUUGUAACGAUAUGUGUUGGAUACUGACUGAUUUGAUAAAGUACAUACAUAUAUAGCGUAGUAGACUGCCUAUUAUUUGAAAUUUUAUUAGCUAACAGAAAAUUUUGAACAUAUUCUACAAAAUACAAUGUUCAUGAAAUAAAUGUGAUUUUUUAUAAAAAUUAAAUUAAAAUCUGGUUUCAGAUUGAAUUAGACUAUUUGAGACAAUUCGUUGCACAAAAAUCAGAAAAAAAGAUGUCUGGAGCCCAGCAAGGCGCAGCAGCGAGUGCGGGUGACCAACAACCAGGUCACUCAUUCAUGUCGACAUUACCGGAGAUUAAGAAUAUGGAAAAUUCCUUAAUUUCACUGUUAAAUUCCUUCCAUGCUGGAGAACUAAGUGCGUUUGGGCAGUCAAAAUUGGAAACAAUGAACUUGAUACGAGAAAAACAAGAGAGACUUGCACGUAUGCAUUUUGACAUGGGAUCAUCCAAGCAAGGCGACGCUUCCAAUAGCUGGAUGUCAGAAGAAACAGAUAAGCUUGUGACUGGACUUGGAGAACUGUCUGUGGAAAUUGAAAAACUUCACGAGUCUGCCUCUUCAUCAUCAUCUUAAGUAAUAUUUAAGAUUAAGAUUGAACAUUGUUGUUUUUUUAUAAUUACGUAAGCAGAGAUUAAAUUCCUAUAUGAACUUGAACUACA